AUGUCUCACAAAACACAAGAACCGGUCAUCACAAAAACCUCGGACCUGUCACUCCAAGAAGCCAAGUGGAUAACGCUCAAGAAGAUCGAAUACGUCGACCAAGUCGGCAAAGAGCGAACAUGGGAGGUCGCAACACGAAAGACAAGAGGCAAAUCUGGCGUUGAUGCUGUAGCAAUGGGAAACAUCCUCCUCCACCCAUCCAAGCCCGCCUCAACUCUGCUCGUCAUCCAGUACAGACCACCUCUGGACGCCUACACGAUUGAAUGGCCUGCUGGGCUCAUUGAUGCCGAGGAAACAGCCGAAGAAGCAGCUGUCAGAGAAUUCAAAGAGGAGACUGGCUAUGAUUGCAAGGUUUUGAGCGUCAGCCCUGCACAAGCUGCCGAUCCCGGAAUGACAAACGCCAACAUGCAACUGGCAAUGGUCGAGGUUCAAUUGAGUGAGAAUGAGGAGGAGCCCGAGCAGAGACUGGAUGAUGGAGAGCACAUUCAACGAGAGAUCAUUCCUCUUGCUGAACUGUAUGAACGUUUGGUCGAGUACUCCAAGCGAGAGCGUACAGUGGUUGCAGCCAAACUCUUCCACUUUGCCGCAGGUCGCCAAUGGUGCCGAGAUCGACUCAAUACCUACCCCAGAGAGCAGAGCGAGAGCGCUACAGGCUGCUGGAUCCAUACAGACAAAACCAGUGGUCCCAAUGGAACAGGAUACGUCAGGGACAACAUGAGAAACACGCCUAUGCCUGGCGGCGAGCCUGGAGAGAAGAUUGGAGAACAGUUCAACAUUCAUCAAGUUGCCAUCGCCAGUACAUGCCGGAGGCAUUAG